AUCAGGAACUAUUUUUUAUCUGUCAAUUUCAAGUGUGUACACACAGAGUAUGUCUUUUCCAGUUCUAUUGCCCAUUGGGUAAUCAUUCAAGUUUCAAUCAUUCGCUUUUGACAUUGAACUGGAGAUAACGCACUGAUAAAGAUAAUCGUCGAUUUGUUUUUUUCGCACGACGUUUCAAACCUUCUGUUAUUUCAUUUGUAACAUCUGUGAAUUUUGUUCUGUUUUUCAUAUAGCUCUACCUGUUUUUUUUGUGAGAUUUUUAAAUAUAUGAAUUUUUUAUCGAUCUAAGAAUGGCUGAAACGUAUUUGGUUGGUGUUGAUGUUGGUACAGGCAGUUGCCGUGCGGCUCUGGUCGAUUCAACGGGCCGAGUAAAAAAAGUGCACGUAAUACCUACAAAAACAUGGAAUCCACUUCCCGAUCACUAUGAACAAUCGUCUGAUAAUAUUUGGAGUGGAAUCUGCGAAUGUGUACAGACGGUUAUUCGUGACUGUCCAAAGGAUAAGAUCAUUGGAAUUGGUUUUGAUGCAACCUGUUCGUUGGUGGCGCUUGACAAAAAUGAUAAGCCACUGACCGUGAGUACAACCGGUGAUAACAGCCGAAAUAUUAUGCUAUGGAUGGAUCAUCGAGCCGGAAAAGAGGCAGAUCAAAUAAAUGCUACCAAACAUGAGCUUAUCAAAUGUAUCGGCGGCAGAGUCUCACUGGAAAAUGAAGUACCAAAAGCGAUGUGGUUGAAAUCGAAUUUAUAUGAUAAGUGUUGGUCCAAAGUGGGUAAAUUAUUUGAUUUGCCAGAUUUUUUGACGUGGAAAUGUACCGGAGACGAUACUCGAUCAUUGUGUUCGGCCGUCUGUAAAUGGAAUUAUGAUGGAUUCAAUCGGAAAUGGUCGCGAGAUUUCUACGAGCAACUUGGUAUGGCCGAUUUGUGUGCGGAUGAUUUUGCGAUUUUAGGUAAGAAUGUAACGACACCCGGUGCUGCCAUUGGAAAAGGAUUAAAUGAACAAGCUGCUCGUCAAUUGGGAUUGAAUGUUGGAACACCGGUGGGUGCAUCGUUGGUUGAUGCAUAUGCCGGCGCGUUGUGUUUGCUUGGUUGCCAUGCCGACGGUAUCGAUGAUUCGAUCUCAACAAAAGUGGCUUCGAUCUGUGGAUCUUCUUCAGGUCACUUGUCGGUGGAAAAGGAAUUGAUCUGGGCCAGCGGCCUGUGGGGACCGUUCAAAGAUGUCAUUUUCCCUGGUUUUUACCUUCAUUCAGGUGGACAAUCAACAACAGGUGUUCUACUUGACUAUGUCGUCAAAAGUCAUCCGGCCUACAAUGAAGCACUCGAAAAAGCUGGCAAAACGCACGUUUUCGAUUAUCUCUGUCAACAAUUGGAUCGAAUGGCCCAGGAACAAAUGUUGGACAGUGUACAUUUUCUGACAAAAGAUUUUCACGUUUGGCCCGAUUUGCAUGGAAAUCGAUCACCAAUUGCUGACCCAACGAUCAAGGGCAUGAUUUGUGGCCUGACAAUGUCAGCAACCGUUGAUAAUCUAGCACUCACAUAUCUCGGCUUUGUUCAGGCACUUUCUUAUGGAACGCGGAACAUUUUGGAUCAAUUAAUAGACAGUGGUCGAAAACCAUUUCGUUCGCUUUUGAUUUGUGGUGGAUUGCGAAAAAGUCAAUUGUAUGUGGAAACACAUGCUCAAGUGUUGGCAAUCCCAGUAUUAGUGCCAGAUGAAGAAGAAAUGGUUCUCGUUGGAUCGGCAAUGUUGGCAGCGUGUGCGGCCAAACUGUUCCCAACGCUUGAGCUAGCCUCAAAGGGAAUGGCAAGUCGAUGUGAAGUGGUUCGACCCAAUCCAGCGCUUCAUGACUAUCACGAUCGAAAGUACAAAGUUUUUCGACAAAUGGUCCAAGAUCAAUUGAAAUACAGACAAACUAUGCAUUCAUAAUUCCAAGCGAUAUUCUUCAGCCUCUCUGAUCGUCUGUGUUAAGAAUUGAAUAAAAUUUUAAUAAAAUUGGCGUUUUUUUUAUUAAAAUAAUUUAAUAAAAUGCACUAUAUUUAUUAACGUUAAUAAAAAAA